AUGGAUUCUGUUGUAGACAUGCUUGAUAAGGAAACAGAAGUGAUGGGAAUGAAGAAGAAAAGAAAUAGCGUUUCAUGUCGUGAGUAUUAUUCUUAUAAGUUGCAAAUUAGAUCACUAAAUGAUUCGAUGAUUUUGCAUAUAGGACGUCUUUUGCAACAAUUUGUUGUAGAUAUGUAUGUAAAAUUAGAAACUUCUAGGCUUGAUUAUUUUAGAAAAAAUCAAACUGAAAUUCAUGCUGAAUUGUAUCAAGGAAUUAUGGAUAGUGUUGAUGUUGGAGAAACUAGGGGCAUAAAAGUCGGUCGAAGAAUUAUAUUGCCUUCUACUUUUAUCGGUGGUCCUAGAGAUAUGCAUAGAAGUAGACAAUUAUUAUAUAGGGAGUUUCCUGCACAUUAUGUUUGGUCCUCCCAAUUUAAAACUUGGAAUAUACGCAAACAGUGUGAUGUUGUUGGUAGAAUUGUAAAUGUGAAUCCAUUUGAUCAUGAGAGCUUUGUUGCAUGGUCUAUUAGAAUUGAUAAUAGUUUUGAGUUAUGCUUGGAGGAAGCAUCUUUGUACCAAAUGCCUUAUAGUUUACGAAGUGAUAGAGUUAAAAGAUCAAAAGUUUUAGGACAUAUUAACAUUAUCCUGGAAUCAAUGGGAAAAACUUUAGCUGAUUAUGAUCUUUUGGAAUUUGAUAUUGAUGACAAUGAUAUUCAUGAUGAUAAUAGAGAAAUUAGUGAGGAAUUAUCGAUUGUUAUAAAUGAUGAUGAUAUUGCAUGUGCACAAUCUUUAAAUAUUGAACAAAAAUAUGCAUACGAUCAAAUAUUAGAUAACGUGUUCUCUAAAGUACUUGGUUUGUUUUUCAUUGAUGGCCCUGGUGGAAGUGGAAAAACUUUCUUAUAUAAAACAAUUCUUGCUGCUGUUAGAUCAAAAGGUUUAAUUGCCCUUGCUACAGCAUCUUCAGGAGUUGCGGCUUCCAUUUUACCUGCUGGAAGAACAGCUCAUUCCAGGUUUAAAAUUCCUUUAGUGAUGGAAGAACAUAAUACAUGUCAUGUUAGUAAACAAUCAGGAUUAGCGAAACUUAUGAAAGAUGCAAGUUUAAUAGUAUGGGAUGAAGCUCCGGUGGUAAAAAAGGAAGCAAUUGAAUCAUUAGAUAAGAUGUUACAAGAUAUAAAUGAAUGUGAUUUGUUAUUUGGUGGUAAAGUAGUUGUUGUGGUGGGGAUUUUAGACAAGUUCUCCUUGUCCAAAAGGUACUAG